GGUUUCUAUUCACCCCCGAAUCCUGAGGGAGCCUCCCAUUCGCAAAAAACAAUAGCAAAGGCAACUGGGCUUUCUCUCCAGCGUGAGCAGAAGCCAUCCUCUUCCCAUGACCACCAUCCCAGCCACCGUGAGUGGCGGCCUGAGAUAUCAUCAGCGGCGCGAUCGCAACCACACCGCCGGAACCAUCGUCGUGACGUUGACGACACCAUGUUCACUGCCGGAGGCGUUGCUAGCUGUGGCGCAGGGAUCUCUUCCUCCUCCGUUAAUCGCCGCUUUCAGCGAGCUUGGCCGCCUCGAACCAGGGCACCACCAGUGCCACGGGUGGCGGCGAGGGUCGCCGCCGGACAUCGCCUCGACGUCUUCCACCGUCAACAAAGCCGGCCACCGCAAGCCACCAGAGGGGUCAUCUUCUUCCUCGAUCACGACUUGCAUUGGGCUCGCUUCUCCUGGCCAUUCCAGCGGCCUCAGUAUACUGCCUUGCCGCCGCACAGCCUCACCGGAGCCGCUGUCUUCACCCGUGCCCCUAGCGUCACUUUCUUCCUCUCCACUCGAGGGCCCUUUACUCCACUCUCAAAUGCCAAACGUGGGCUCUCUUGCCUUUAUUAUUCAGCUGCAACCAGAUUCAAGAUUGUCCAUGUUAAGUUGGUGGCAGAUAUUUCACUCAAACUACGGUCUAAGAACCUUGACGAACAGUGGGAGCACAGUGGGAGCAGUCAAGAACCUGCAGAUGAGGAUGAUCUUCCCUUAACAAGAACUUCACAAGGCGAGGGUCAACAUCCGUCGUCUUAACGAUCUCUCGUAUAGGUGGGUUGUCUUAAUUAAAAUUGUUUGAUCAAGAUUAAGAAGGUAUGAUUUAUGAAUUGAAAUCAUACCGAGUUCUAGACCAUAGUUUAGGUGUAUAUUCAGAAAUAUCUUUCAACUCAUAAUUUUCUUUUAAUUUCUCGUUCCUUUCAUUAACACCUUUCAAAUUUUUAUUAUUAUUUUUUAUGAUUAGUUGUCGGAAGAUAUUUUUGAAUAUAGGCAGCUUAGGAAAUAUGUUAGAAUUUGGUGCGAUUUCAAUUCAUAUUUCUUGAAUCAUACCUUCUUAAUCUCUCCUAUCUUAAUUAAGACAAUCCUCCUAUUCAAGAGAUCGUUCCGUCGUUCCGUCUCUUCACCAACUUCAUUUGAAGGAAUACAAAAAAGAAUCUUUGAAGAAAUUUGUUGGAUAAUCACAAAUAUCACUGGUGGGACUCGAUCUCAAAUACAGGUAAGGAAAGGUUAACUGAUAAUUUAGUAGUAAAGUCCUAAAACCAGCCCUUUUUCCAUUAUUUUGAUUAGGAGAUAAGAUAUGACAAAUCUUCAUGAGAAUUUACGGGAUAGUGAGACCUUUGAAAAAUUGUUGUUAUUAUUUCUGUUCGAGGCUGUUGUUGAUGCCAACGUUGUUCCUUUUCUGGUUGAACUUCUUUAUAUUGCCGAGUUUGAGGUGAAGAAGUCAGCAGCGGGGGUGAUUGGCAAUGUGUCUGGCAGAGGAACUAAGGAGAAUGUUAGGUACCUGGCUGAUCAAGGUUGCAUUAAGGGACUAUGUGAACUCUUGGUUAGUCCACACCCAAAACUUGUGUUAAUGUGUUUGGAGGAAGAUGGGAAAAGAUGACCAGAGUUGCCAAGGUAAAGGAAUGUGAUGACCAGAGUAGAAACAAGCGUAGCUUGGAGGCUUUGUGAAAAAAUCUGGAAUGAGAAUGAGCCAGAUUCGGAUUAGAGUCCCGGGAGAUAUAUUCAUCAAUUUCGAUUUUUUUCGAGAUGUAUGGAUUCAUGGAUUAACGAAAAUGUGCAAAAAUUCUAUUUCCUUCUGUCAUUCUAUGAGUCUCUUACUUUUUGCGAGUGGCAUCGUCAUUACCUUUCGCUGUAUCCAAUAAUUCGGAACUUAAUUUGAAAGCCAUAUUUCGAUCUGAA